CAAACCUAAACACUGAAAAGCAUUAGCAAACUCUCAGCAAAGAUGGCAGCUAAGAUAUUUGCCUUCUUUGCUCUCCUUGCUCUCUCGGCAAGCGUUGCUUCUGCGUACAUUUCACCAGUGAGUGCUCUUGCCGCAACCGCUAGCCCCCUAUACUUGCCCCAAGCUACUACUACUCUGUUGCCAAAUGUGUUCAACCAACUGGCUUUGGCAAACCCCAUCACCGCUGCCUACUGGCGGCAACAACAAUUCCUACCAAACAUCUUCAACCAAAUGGCUCUGGCAAACCCCAUCACCGCUGCCUACUGGCAGCAACAACAGUUCCUGCCAAACGUGUUCAACCAACUAGCUCUAACAAGUCCUAUCACCCACUGGCAGCAGCAACAACUGUUGUCCAGCGUGUUCAACCAAGUGGCUUCGGUGAACCCCAUCACCACUACCUACUGGCAACAACAACGAUUGCUGCCAAACGUGUUCAACCAACUAGCUCUGACGAGUCCUAUCGCCCACUGGCAGCAACAACAACUGGUAUCUAGCGUGUUCAACCAAGUGGCUUUGGCAAACCCCUACUUGCAGCAGCCCUUCAUUGGUGGUGCCAUCUUCUAAAUGAUGUAUGAGUUUGUACUCCAAUAAUAAAGUUUCACAUGCCAAUAGUCAUGAAUUAUCAUAAAUAAUAAACAAAGAUGAUUUAUUGGCAUCCUUU